AUGAGUUUCUGCACCACUAUGCAGCGCCCGGUGACAUCAUCCGCCACACUGCUCCGGUACCUCAAGCCUUCGGCGGGACAACGCUGCUACGCUCUGCGCUCUUUCUCUUCAUACGGAAAUGCCUACCAAUCUUCCAAGCGUGACAUGCAAACCGCUACCGCCUACCGCCCGCACACCCUCCCUUCGUCUUUCCCGCCGCCUCGGAGCACUGGGGGUGCGGACACCUCCAUCUCGGCGGAAUUCCCCCUCCCUUCAGAAUCAAGCCAAACUGCGUCGCAAUCAGAGUCCUCUCGGACCAGCCUACGCGAGGGUGAGGCGCAGAAGUCCAAGCCCGCUUCGACUGCUCCUCCCAAGACUUCCCCGAAGCCUCGUCGACCUCUCCGGCCAAGAAAGGCUGCCAUGAAAUUGACUCCCAUUGCUACUCAGCAGCUUCGCAAGCUCAUGGACCAACCGGAACCGAAAUAUAUCCGGGUUGGUGUCAAAAACCGUGGCUGUUCGGGUCUUGCCUACCACCUCGAAUAUGUCGAGAAGCCGGGCAAAUUUGACGAGGUUGUAGAGCAGGAUGGUGUGAAGGUUCUGAUCGACAGCAAGGCUCUAUUCAGUAUCAUUGGUAGUGAAAUGGACUGGCAUGAGGAUAAACUGAGCAGGAGAUUCGUUUUCCGCAACCCCAACAUCAAGGAGGAAUGCGGCUGCGGAGAAUCAUUCAUGGUUUAA